UUCGAAUUUAUUAUGAGAUCUUGUAAUUGUUUAAAUAUUGAAAUAGAAGCAGAAGGCAAUGUCUUUGAUAAAGUUAAUGAAGAUUGUCUUAAUUUAAAUGAGGAUGAAAAGAAAGAAAGCUUUUUUAAACAGGAUAUACAGAAGGUUAAAAAGUUGGUUAAUAUAAACAAGGCGAUUUCUGGACUUGUUCAAACAAAAAUUGUUGGGUCAUGGUUAAUAAACAGAUGCGUUAAUUGCGAUGUGGAAACUCAUGCUGUUCAUAGAGAGGAAGGAGCGGCUUGUGUUUUAAUAAAUUCACACCUUUUGGAAAUGGAUGCAGUUUUAAAAUUGAAAUCAAGUGGAUUAGUUUCUUCUAUUUACAAUAUAGUUAUUUAUCCAAACAAUAUUGAAACUGGGGAUAGUUUAAUUCAGACAUAUCUGUUUUCACCUGAAACUCAACAAACAAUUAAAAGUAUUGGACAAGUUGUUUCUGAAGUUUUAAGGAAAGAAACAUUAGCGACAGAAGACAGGAUACGAAAGUAUAAAGAAAAACAAUAUGACUUAUUAAAUAGAUUAAAAGAUCAAGCAUUUAAGGAGCAGCAAUCUUUGGUUAGUGUUGCACGCAUUAAAUUAAAUAAUAUAUUUGAAAGUACACAUCUUAAUUCAAGAAACAUAAAAGUAGAAACCACGCCAAAAAUGGUAAAUUUGUCAACAAAUAAACAAGCACCUUCAACAGUUUUGCCAUUAAAAUUUACACCAAAGAGGCAAAAAAGUACCACAAUUUCACAUGCAGCGUCUUUUGAUUCAGAAGGAUUAUUCGAAUUUGAAGAGAUUGAUGAGGCUAUUAAUGUACAAAAUUCUGAUUUAGAAGAAAGUGAUAAGGAAGGAAAAGACGAAUCUACUAAGAUAAAUCGGUGUAGAUCUGGAAGUAUAAGCAUAGCAAAAUCUUUACCAGUCAAUAUACCAACCUUUUUAAGUUCAGAACGAUUUGAAGAUAAUAAAGAUAUUGAAGAAAACCUAAUGCUACAACAACCAAUUAAUAUAGCUGCAAACAUUCAAGCUCUGGCUAAAAGUGUUCACGGAGAUGCUGUUUUUGGAGAUUUGCCAAGACCUAGAUUUAGUAUGCAGUAUUAAGUGUGAUGCUGAUAAAUCUUAUUGUCAACCAAAUGGUUUUUUAUAUGACAUGCUUUAGAUUUUAGGUAUAAUGAUUUGUAACACAAUACAUAUAAAAAAU